GGCAGCACGGUCCGUGAAGGCAGCACUCCUCCCGCUGCUCCUCCCAGGAUCGCCCCGGUUCUGCUCGGACUGCUGUGCUCGGUGUGGUCCUCGGUCUGGUCCUCGGUCCGGUCCUCCAACAGGCUGCUGGAGCGCUAUCCGUCCACGGGGAGAUGACGUGGAGAGUGUUGAUCCUGCUGGCUGCUGCUCUGACUGCAGAGGCCUAUUCUAACUACCAUCAUGACUACAGCGAACGUUUGGCCCACGGUCGCCAGCUGAAGAUCACCCUGCACGAGAACACGGAAAAGAUGGAGUUCAUAUCAGUUCACAAUCCCACCAGUCGAGUCACGUACUGGGAGAGGUACAAGCACAGCAGGCCGCUGAAGGGCAGGGUGUCCGGCACAGGCAGCAGCAGACGCUGGUACAUCGACAAGGUGACUUUCGACGACGAAGGAACCUACGUCCUGAAAGACACCUGGAACAGAGACAUCUCCACGGUGAAGGUCGCAGUUAUUCUCAAACGUAACUACCAGAAGUACAUCGCAGGAGAGAGUCUCUACAUCCAGCUGGAGGGCCUCGAGUACACCCACGCCGAGCUCUCCUUCUCUGGGCCGGCUGGUAACUUUACACUGGUCCGUGAUGGUGCUCCGGUGGCCCAGGACCUUCCAGAGUACUGGGAUCGGGUUAAGGUCCACUCCUCGAACAUUGAGAUCGUGCACGUGAACACCAGCGAUGAAGGACGUUACAUCCUGAAGGACAACAAGAACAGAGUUGUAUCUCUAACCAGGAUGGACCUGACAGACCACCAUGAGUACGAAUCUGCCAACCCUCUCAUGGCUCUGCUCUUGCUGCUGGGCAUCCCCGCCGGGAUCUGCUGCUGCUGUCGAAAGAAGAUUUUCAAAAAGAAAGCCGCCACGGCUACAACGGUGCAGACUUCUGCAGAAAUAGUCCACACUCCUCCUGCGGGUCCUGCUGGACCAUGUCCUUCCUACGCUUCUGGACAACCAGGAGAGGUGCACUACUAUGGUCCGAGCGCUAACACGGGUCCGAUGGUCCACCCUCCCCCUGCAAGUGCCGGCCCCCCACCCUCUCCGGGUUUUAACCCAGCUUACCCUCCUCAGAACCCAUCCUACCCUCCUCAGAACCCAUCCUUCCCCCCUCAGAACCCAUCCUUCCCCCCUCAGAACCCAUCCUUCCCCCCUCAGAACCCAUCCUUCCCCCCUCAGAACCCAUCCUUCCCCCCUCAGAACCCAGCGUACCCUCCUCCUGGAUCGGCUCCAGAUCCACAGUGGGGCUACGCACCCCCGAGCCAGUACCCGCCGGCACCUGUGGCUCCAAUGGCCUAUGCUCCAGCUGGUGUCAUGUACAGCGCUCCUCCACCUGGUGCUGAACCGGUUUUGCAGGCGAACGUGCAAAAUGUGGCUUCACCUGGUGAUCCCCUGCUGACAGCUGCCCCACAGGGUGAAGCUGCUCCUGUCCUGAACUCUGAUGGGGCUGUCAAGUUCCAGAUCGACACCGCGAAGGACAACGUCAACUUCCUGUAGAGACGCCCGUUCCCGGAGCGGCCCCCUCGUCGUGUUUUCAUCGUUUCGCCGCGGGUGUCUCUCCUUCCGCCGGGGGAUCCAGCUCACGGACAUUAGCGAACAUCAUUUGGACAUAUUUGGUUCUUUGCUGCCUUUCCUCAUCCCGAGCCGCACCGUGCUGCUCGGCCCGUUGGCGUUUAGGACUUAAGUUCUCAUUGGAGGUUCUUGGAGAUUUUUAGUUCAGAACUUUUAAAACUUUUGAGGUCCACGGGCUGAGUUCUCAUGAGAGAUUGGUUAUGUUAAAAAUGACGUCCAGUUGUUCACGUACACUCAAUAUUUUACUAUUUCGAGGCAUAACUUGCGUUCAAAACAACAGCUUUUUCCUCCCACGGUAAAAGGAAAGUACCGUGCUGGAGUACUACAGUACUCGGAGGGUAACUCUGGAUAGAUCACACCAUCAAUGUUUGGUGAUGUUGCAAAUUUCAAUCCAGGGCACAGUCUAGUUAAAUUCAAUUAAGUUCAAUAUAACACUUAAAUUCAAUUAGGAUUCCUGCAUAUGUAAUCUUAUUAGGUAUAUUAUUAUUCACGAGGUGCCACUUUGUGAGGAAACCAACGAAACGCAUCUUAUCACUUCGUCGGAUCCCCUUGGCGCGGUUCAGAGUAGCGUUACAUCAUAUUAACCGAGUUGCAGUAGUAACACUAGUUUCCCAGGCACGUGCAAAAGGUAGCCCCGCCUCUUUUAAUCCAAAAGCCUUUUUUGUAUGUGUAAACAUCAUAAUAUCAUAGUGAACUGUUUUCACCGUGCCAUUGUUUACUUAUUUUUUUUAAUUAGUCAUGUGGACAAUACCAAGUUCCCCUCGGUGCUCCAGUUAAAAGGAUUUAAGAGGGUAAGCUGCAGCCAAGUCAUAGAUAGAUAGAUAGAUAGAUAGAUAGAUAGAUAGAUAGAUAGAUAGAUAGAUAGAUAGAUGGAUAACCUUGUUUUAGAUCAUUGAGGUUGUCAGGCUUUUCUCUCCUCUGCUCUCCUCUUUCUUUCUUGCUGUAGAUCAGAUGUGUUUAGGUUCUAUAUCCUGUCGCGUGAAUCUCAAGUGGUUUCUAGCUGUCAGAGAAUAUGGCUUCACAUUUGCCUCUGAAAAGCAAGGGUCCCGGGACAGAUCUCUGGGGCACACCGAUGGUAACUCUAAACAUAGCACAUUCUACCAGGACUGAUAAAUGAGUGCUCCAGAAAACCAGCUUUUAUAAAAACCUGCACAGCCGCUGCAGAUCGAUUCAUCAAGGGCUGAUGGCGAGCAGGACCUGGCUGCAGCGUACGCUCUUAACUCCUACAGGAGCAGCACGGUGGUACGUAGUACUGCCCCUGUUUCAAAUGGGUGACAUGGUGAAAAGCCUGAAGUCGUGUUCGCUCGAUACGAAAAUACACUACAAUCUGGUGAUUUUACACAAAAAAGACAAAGAAAAACUACAAAACUUUUCACAUGACUGUAUAAAGAGGAACAAUAUUGGUCGACUCCACCGACGCAAUCCCAGAGAAGUGUUUAGUGACCACGAGCGUCGUUUUGUUAUUUCAGAAAAGUUACACGUCACUCUUGUGGCACUGAAGCGAAGUGAAUGCUUUGUGGUAUAAUCAUCUGCUGACAGGGGAAAAUGUCCACAUAAACAAACGAGCUCAACACUGCCGCCGUUCCUGUUUGUCUAAAGUCGAGGAGGAAACCUUUUGGCAGCUUCGCCCCUUUCAUCUCGUCCUCUUUUCCGUUUUCCUCCGUCUGCUGUAAUCAGCCGCCGUCGGUUGUCUCUUCAUCUCCAGAGGAAGCUCGUUUUCUGAGCUGAAAGCAGGCAGGCGUUUUUACUUUCCAGGCACUUCCUUUAGCAACCACUACAGGUCGUUCUUCCAGCAUAAUAACUGCACAAAUGAAUAAUCAUUGAGGACAGUCUCACCUGUAGACUGUGUAAGAACAACUGGACAACCUACCUCUACGAUGAAGAAUGGUUUACUCGUAUGUUACAAGUGGGGGGACCAAACAGGCCGCCUGGAACACGCACACCUUAUGUUACUCAGUUGGCCUUUAGCCUUUGAUGCCAAUUAUUAUCACGUUAACCUGUCCAAACAUCCUCAUUUCAAGUCUCACUAGCGAAAUGAUAUCCAGAACAAGUACUGCCAGACCUGAUAAGAGGACUAGCAGAGCCCCGCUGGUACUGGCUCACUCGGCCUGUCGCUAGCGGGGUCAGACGCUACCGCCCUGAAACGCCGAUGUGUUCAAGCUGGAUGUUGGCUUGUCGGUGCUCGGUCCUGCUCCUCUUGAGGUCACAGAUCACGUCAGAUGUCUGCCUUAAAGCCUCUCAGGUGACUUCGUUCGUCUGUAGCUCAUAUCACAAAUGCCUUUCUCUGCCAGCAACGAACUACAUUAAAUCUCAUUCGUGGACCUGGCCGUGACCUUGAUUGUAGGCCACUUCCCGUUGCUAUUGUUUGUACAUCCUCUCUCACUGGACACUUUUUUAGAUUAGUUCUGGUUUGGACUCACUUUAGGAAACGGCCUUAAUACACUCAAGGUGCUGGAGACGUUCCUCAGAGAUCACAGUCCGUACCGACAUGCGGCAUCACGCAGAUGCUGCAGCCUUCUCAGCUGCACGUCCACGACGACAGUCUCCUCCUCCAGCUCACCCCAAAGACGCUCAUUUUACCACAGUGACCUCAUCGUUCAGGGAUGGAGAGGCCUUAAGCGUGCACCACGGUACCACCUCCACCAGCCUGAGCCGGUGAUGCGAGGCGGGAUGGGUCCGUGAUUUUCAGGCUGGCAGGAGGGGCACCAUGUUGCGUCAUGUCGAUGACUGGCGUUCUUUCUGGCCAUGUUUCCACCGCCUCGAAUCGGCCUGGUCGUUCUCUGACCUCGGGGCGUUUUUCAGGUGGUUCUAUGUCGAACACCGAGCGUCUCUCUAGCCAUUCGAUACCUGCUUUGAGCCUCAGCGGUGAGCUGCUGCUGCCGUCUGAUUGGCUGACAACAUAUUUACGCCAACACAUUGAAUAAAGAAUAACUAACGAAGUGACCGCUUAGAACGCAGAGAAGUUCAAUUAAACUCAAACCACGUCAUAAAAGUAAUCGGAGAUCUGGACAUGGUUUUCGACCCCCCCCGUCUGUCCUGAACACGCACAAAGCGACCUCUCCUCCGACGCGUCCGUCUUUCCGCCUGCGCUCUGGUUCUGGGCAGCGGGGCGUUACACAGUCACUUCUGGGUUAUUUAAUAGAAGUGACCCCCCCCCAACCAGAAGCUGCAGGUUUGCUUUCAUUGAUAUAUCAGUUCUUCUCUUCUGAGCUGCUCGUGGCGGGUUGCUACACUUUAUGCCACCUCUCCUCCAUCUUUGUCUGCUCAUAUUUCUACGUAAAGUUAACUCGUGUUUUAAUGUUCCUUACAUGUGUCUGUAUUUGAUGUAGACUCAUAUGUGCAUGACGGUAUUCAGAAUACUUGAUAGUUGUUUUCUUUCACUACUUCUUUGUGAGUAUAACCGAUCCAGUUCAGUGAAGUACCACAGUAACUGUAUAGUUUGUCUUCACUUCUGUGAACUUGGCGCUGUCGUUCCACAUCCAUCUCUCACUCACCUGCUACCUCCUUGUUCAGGGUUGGGUUUCUGUACAUGUGACUAAAGUGAAGCUUUGUGAUGAAGCUGUAUAUUAAAGGAUGGUAACAACGUG